AUGACAGCUGUCGCGAGUCCGCCUACUUUCAAUCAACACAAUCGGCCGGCAUGGGGUAUUAACGGCGGUCACGCCGGACAGAUAAAUCCCAUGAAUCCCGACGAGUUGAAUCGAAUGUUUUUGCCCCGAAAGAAUUUGCAACGAAAUAAUUCCUCUUCUUCCAUCUCCUCGACCUCUUCCGUUUCCUCCACCUCCACCAUCGCUACUCCGGGUUCUCAGACGAAUGGCAAUGCUAUGCCGGUGCAAAAUGAUAUGGGCGCUUGGAGCAAUGGUGCCGGAACACGAAAACGACCGCAACCAAAAGCUCCCUGGCCUGCUCCGAAACCAGAUGCUCAGUCCGAUUUUGUUCGCAUGUCCGCCGGUCGGCCUCAGUUGAUUAACGGUAUCAACGGCUCUACGCCAAUGCAUUCACCUGCACCAGUGUUACCUUCGCAGGGCAUGAUUGGGGCGCAACAGGCCAUGCCUCGUCCUAUGCCAGAAUCUUUACCUUCUGGAAACCAGCCAGUUUUGUAUCUCCUGUCUCUGAAUGGCACGUUCGAGCGCAAGACAAUAUCUGUACCAUUCGGACCUGAUACCCUUAGGAUUGGUCGUCAGACGAAUGCAAAGACUGUUCCUACACCGGUAAAUGGUUUCUUCGAUUCUAAAGUUCUUUCACGUCAACAUGCCGAAAUUUGGGCGGAUCGCCAGGGUAAGAUAUGGAUCCGCGAUGUUAAAUCUUCCAACGGCACCUUUGUCAAUGGUACGCGACUUUCGCAGGAGAAUCGAGAGUCGGAACCGCACGAGCUACAAACUGGUGACCACUUGGAACUGGGCAUCGAUAUAGUGAGCGAGGACCAAAAGACGGUUGUCCAUCAUAAAGUAGCCGCAAAGGUUGAGCAUGCAGGAUUUAUGAGCACUUCGAACAAUUUACUCGAUAUCAAUUUUGGUGAUCUUGAUCCAACGAAUGGAUCCAUCAUGAUGAUGGGGCCUCAAGGGGCUCUUCCGGUACGACCGCGAACCGGAAGCCAAGCUUCUAUGGCGAGUAACGGGCGAGUUGGUCCGGGUGGUGGCAUGAUGGGGUCACAAACAAACGUCAUGGCCCAUCAGCGGGGACUCUUCUAUUCCCCCAUCAGUACCGAACAGAUCGUCAAACGACUUCAGCACGAAAUGCGAACUCAACGCUUGCAAUCUCAGGAUUUAGGCCGAACGAACCAGUUUGUUCAGGGCCUCCUAACAAAGGAUGACAUUAAGGACAGCGAGAAGCAUGACUUAAUCGAGCAGCCAAAGUCCCAGAUAAUCCAUAGCAAUGGGUUUUCAUCAUUCAGGUCCAACGAUAACAAGACCAGGUUCUCCGACCCCCCGGCGCCUCCGCCGCAGCAGCCUUUACCCGAAAAGCCGGACGUGCCGUCCUUGAAGCGAGGGAUAACGGAACGUCCGAAGCAAAGUAACCAAAGCUUGUCGCCAAUUCGCCCGGACGGUAAUUCAAGCCAAAUUUUGCAGCUGACAGAAGCACUUAACAGCGCAAAGCGAGAGAUUGAGACUCAAAGUUCCCGUAUGCGAGACUUGGAGGAAACCCUCCAACGAGAACGACAAGCCCGGGAGCUCGCAGAGGAAUUGGCCAGGAGACUAGAAGAUGCUGCUGCUGUGAAGACGAACGGUGCUCCUGUCAAGCCUGAAACCCAAGAGACCGCAUUGGAAGCAGCCUUUGAGCCACCCACAGAUGAGAUAUCGACAUCCGUAGCUAACAACACGGCCACUGAACCUGGCAAAGCACCUCAUGCACAAGCUGAGAUUAUCGAGGCUUCUGCUACACAUUUGCAAGCUCAGAUCGAAUCAAUGAUGUUGGAGAUGAAAGAGAUGCGACAGCAGCUAGAUUCUUACAAACACCGGGCGGAAACCGCUGAAGCAGAAAGAGAUACAGACCGUAAGAGCCUUGCGGAAAUGGCUUUGCAAAUACGAAGAGAUGUCGAAGCCAGAGAAGCUGCUGCGCGAGAAAAGUCUCUUGCGCGCAACCGGGUUUCAGAAAAUUCCAUUGACCGAGGUGUCAUUUCCAAGAAGUCGACUCCUACAUCGAGAACGCCCUCCCCCAAAUCCAACGAGGGCCCAUCGAUUUCUAGCGAGCCCCCCGACUAUCCCACGCUCUCAAGAGCCAACACGAUAACGCCACAGACGGCGGCGUCUGGACUGCUAUCACAUGACCAAGCAUUGACAAAUAGCAUACCUUACGCAUCUAUGAUAGGAGUGGUCCUAAUCGGUAUGGGCUUGAUGGCUUAUAUAAACGGCUGGGAACCACAUCCAAGGCUAGAACGAUAG